UUCAUAGUUUUCUGCAAGAAAAUUUAUUUAUUUUUGCUAUUUAUCGGUUUGCGUAACAUAGAAAUAAGUUUCGGUUACUAUUCAUAAUACAAACUCGUAGUAAAAUGUUGUGUUCUCGCUGGAGAACUUAAACAUCAAUGGCAAACAGUGAUGGAGUUCCAUGGACAUGAAACAAAUGAGAUUUUAGAGCCCACAGACAUAGAAUUUUACUCGUAUCGCUCUCGCACGCCGUCUCCUCCGCCCGAGCUGAAGUCUGAUAUAUGCGGGGACUUGGAGGACAUAUUGAGCGACGCUAUAUCGGAAACAACACAAAGUUCAUUAAGAAUAAGUACAAGUCAACUAAUUAAUCAAGAGUUGUCUAUAAGACCAGAAGCAAAUAUCACUGCUAACGUCCCAGAAGAUCUAGACUUAUUUAAAGUUAUUUUUGAAGUCGAGAGUGAUUCGGAAAGGAUGGGAGACCUGGACAGUGAAACUAAAGAAAACCAAUCCUUGCAGAGUACUGACUCGUGUCACCACGUCGGCGGGUCGAAGUUCUACAAGGUGGUAGAUGGCGCCACCAGCACCGACACGCCCAUCUCUCCCGCCUCACCCACCUCCCCCACCUCGCCGGCCACGCCCACCGAGAAACAGGACCACAUGAAGCCCAUUGAGAGCGAGGAUGAAGUGUCGGACGUGGACCAGGAGUGCACGGUGUUCUGCGGGGUGAGCUACCUGGGCGCCCAGAACAUCGCCGACCCGAAGUCCGAGGCCGACAUCCAGCGCAUCAUGAACGAGCUGAGCUCCAUGCCCGAGAACCGCGACGGCAUCGCCGUGUCCAUCUCCGUGCCUGUUUGCUCGCAGGGGCUGGUGGUGUUGUACCAGGCGGACAGCAACAGCGUGAUGGCGCGGUACUCGGUGAACCGCAUUUCGUUCUACGCGCGCGGCGCUGCCGGCUCCGCUGUGGCGGCGUGCUUCGCGUUCACGUGGUCGCACGGCGAGACCAAAGAGUCGGCGGUGUACCGCUGCCAUGUGUUCCGGUGCCAUAUCGCUGAGGCGGUCAACCAAGUUUCCAGCUGCUUCGCGAAAGCGUUCGAGCGUAUCCCGCGUUCUAUGGCGUCGUCGCUCGUGGGCGACCUGUCAGCCGCGCCGUCCAUGACGGGCUCGCUGACGGAGGUGGCGCCGCCCAUGCAGCUGAUGCACGUGCUCGAGUGUACCGUCGACAUCAAGGAGACUGACGCCAAGGGUACAUUCAGCCACGUGCCGAAGGAGCGUCUGGGGUUCAAGCUGCGCGGCGGCAUCGACAAGCAGGUCACCAUCAACGUGCAGCAGGUCUCUAGCAGCUCGCACGUCGAUACAGCCGACGACGGACAGUCGACGUACACCGGUGCGCUGUACAUUGAGAGAUGCUUCGGUAUUCUGCUGGCGCCGGGCCGCGGCGUCAAACACUCAGAUAUGAGACUCUUGGAAAUGGUGAGCGGCGCGUCCGGCGGGUCCGGGUGCUCGGUGUGCGCGCUGUGGAACGCCGGCGAGGCCGCGCUCGCGCCCUUCAAUGUGGCCAGCGGCGAUGGCGCCCCCACAUACAUGUCGCUCGCGCUUGACCUGGUUAUACGCGGCAUACGGGACCCGCUCAGGUUGGUUGUGGAGACCCCGGUGAAGAUAUAUCCGCCCACAGAGCGUUUCUGGUAUUACUCCAAGAGGCCUCUUGUGCAGCAGUUCUACAUCAACUUGAAGGAGUCAACAGACGCCAGCGGGCAGCUACAGUACUGCGUAUGCGGCGUGGAGACGUCGGGCGAGCUGGACCGGUCGCGGCUCAACCUGCCGUUGUCGCUGUCCAGCUUGCUGCCCUCCCCGCUCGCGCCCGCCGCCCCGCCCUCGCCCCCGUCCCCCGCCGACCCCAACGACAUAGAGUCCGACGGCGAUGAACCACUACUCAGUGGCACUGGAGAGGUGUCGAAAGAUUGCGGCGAAGACGUCCUUGAGAAUUGGGCACAGGUUCUACGCAGCUGGGUAGGCGGUCGGCCGCGUGCGUUGGCGCAGCUCGUCCGAGUGGGCGUGCCCGAGGCGCUGCGGGGAGAGGUGUGGCUGCGCCUCGCCGCCGUAGACCAGAACGACUCGCUCAUGGAUACGUACCGCACGCUUAUUACUAAGGACUGUCCGUUCGAGGCAGUGAUCCAGCGCGACAUAGCGCGCACUUUCCCCGCUCACUCGCUGUUCCGCGAGGCGGGCGGGCUGGGGCAGGACGCGCUGCUGCGGUUGGCGCGCGCGUACGCCGUCCACGACGCCGAGGUCGGCUACUGCCAGGGGCUCAGCUUCCUGGCCGCCACACUGCUGCUGCACAUGCCGGAGGAGCAGGCGUUCUGUCUGCUGGUGCGGCUGAUGUACGGGUACGGGCUGCGCGAGCUGUACAAGGACGGCUUCGAGGCGCUCUACAUGAGGCUGCACCAGCUUGAUAGAUUGAUGGAGGAGCAACUGCCGGAGCUGCGCGCUCACUUCAGCGAGCUGGGUGUGGAGCCGCACAUGUUCGCGUCGCAGUGGUUCCUCACCGUCUUCACCGCGAGAUUCCCCCUGCCGCUGGUGUACCACAUCCUAGACGUGUUUCUACUGCAAGGGAUAGAUACUCUGUUCCAAGUGUCCAUAGCGCUGCUCACGCGCGCACGCAAAGAUCUGUUGGCGGCAGACUUCGAGGGAGUUCUCAAAUACUUCAGAGUAACCCUUCCCAAGAAGUGUCGCGCGGAGGAGUCGUCGCGACAAAUCGUGAAGCUGGCCUGCAGCGUCAAAGUGAAGAGACUACCCAAGUAUCAGCAGGAGUAUGAGAAGUUUAUUAAAGAAUCAGCAGAGAAGGAGAAAAUAAACGUGGAACUGGAGAAGCUGAAGAACAUCAACACGCAGCUGCAGCAGGACAAGGAUGUGCUCGAGGCUGAACUUAACAAAACUCGUGACAAUCUAGAAGACGUACAGAAGAAGGCGUCGCACUUCUCGGCGCUGGCGCACGACUACCGCGACAUCUGCGCCCGCCUCGACAAACAGUUGCACGAUUUACAGGCGUGCACACAAAGCUGCGUUAGCUGCAGCGCUAAACUCGCACAGAAAGAGAAUAAAGAUGAAACAGACAACAUGACAGAAGGCGGCGGUGAGGUGGAGUCUAGACUGCGCCAGCGAGUCCGGGACUUGGAGCUGGAGUUAGCGCGGGUGAAACUGGCGCACGUGCAGGCGCAGUGCAGCAACCAGGAACUAACACAUCAACUGAACUCUGCUCUGAACGACAUACAAGCCGCCGUUAACCAGAAACAGUCCGUGACGCCGUGGCUCGUCAGGACACUCGGUUCAAUAAUGGAGGCGGCGCAGACUAGACCGACAUUCCAAACUUAUCUAUCGAACAUGGCGCCGGAGCCCCAGUCGCCGUCGCUGCACCGCCAGGGCUCGUACUCCAACAUCCAGGGGCAGAGCCACACGCCGCUCGACCGCAGGGUCUCGGAGCCCUACAGCCCCGACGUCGUUCGGAGGAAGAAGGAUCUCAACGCGAAACGACACUCCAUGCUCGUCGAGUCCAACGUCACGAAGGAGGCCAAGGACCUCAACCGCCGCAGCCACGACGUCACCGUAAAAAAUAUAUCGAUGGGUUGACAGAUUCCAUUUUCGAAUUUCGGUUCGCGUAAACGUCAGUGUCAGAUGCCAUAGGCGCCAUCUUGUUUUUUUUUUUGGUGUGCGAAAGUCCUGCCAGUAGAUAUAUUUCGAGAUUAUAAUCCAUAAAAGUGUUAUGUUUUUAGCAUAAAAGUCCUUUUGGAGAUAAAAUAAUUCUGAAUGGACGAUAGAUGCAUUUCCAAGGCAUUCCCUGUUUGCUUUUAUUUGAAACUAGAUGGCGCUUUUAGCACAGUAGUGAUUAUUUUCUUAGUAUUUGGAAUAUAUUUAUUUACGAAUAUGUGAAUUCGAAGUGUGUUAGGAUAGACGUUAUAUCACAUAGCCCUAGUCAUAUGAAAGUUUUAUGAAAAUUGGUGACAUAUUAGGAGGCCUCGGUCUUAUAUAUUAGCCGCUAAAAUAAAUUAUUUGUCUUAUUUAUACAUAUUUUCGUGAACGCAAUAUUAAAUAUAAUAUCAUAGUUAAUGUUAAAGCAAUAUUUCAUUAUUUACACUAAGUAUCUCAAAUUAUAUAACACCAUCAGUCCAUUUAUCUAAAAUAUGCUUAUUUUAAUAUCGUUUACUCGAAGUAAAACUUAUUAAAAACGUAGAAAAUUAAUAUUAUGAGUUAAAAUUGAUAUUAUAAGAAGUAAUGUAUGCACAAGAGCUUAUACUGUGUAAAUACAAGCUAAGUAGAAUGUAGUGACUAGCUAUUGCUGCAGUGGGUUUUUGUCAAAUUCACAUUUUCUCAAACAAAAUCUAUAAACCACGGAAAUCUUUAAAUUCCUAAUAUUUCAUUCCCUUUUUUAAAUUUUUAUUUGUCCUUGUUUGUGUGUUUUUUCUUAGAU